UUUGUUUACAAAACAUUCAAAAUGUGGUCGUGUUUGCAAAUCAUAUGGUGAGCAGCAGUAGGCCUUUUUUCGGUCGCGUGGAAGCGUGUCCGUCCAGGAUGGCUGGCUGUAGCGAGGGACCGCAUGGAUUGUUAAGUGGCCAAGAUAUGGUCAAACAUCACACCGAAUCCUACGAGGUUAACGCACAGUUCAACAAGCUAGUCUCGCUGGAAGAUUUUGACGAAACGCGCAAGGCAGAUUUGGAGCGAAUGAAAGAGCAACUGCGCUGCUUACUGUCGCAGGAACGGGUGAACAAAACGGAAAGCCUUUCGGAAGGUGUUUGGGAAAGCGAGCACCGCCGAAUACGGCUUACCAGGGUGGAGGGCAAGUGGCAAUCAUACGGGUACGAAGAUUCCACCGGCAAGUAUGUGGAGUGUUACGAGGGUUUGUUUCUCAUGGAAAUGAAUCGAUUGAUGGUCAAAUGGAACGGAGUGGUGGUUUCGAUCGAGCAAGGCUACAGUCUGCUGCUUGGCCAUCCGGGGUCACUCACGCUCGAAGAGUAUCAGGUUUAUUCUACUCUGAUCCGUUCCGGCUAUUACGUUCUGCGGUAUGAGUGUGGGCGAAAAUAUUGUACGACCAACCUGGACGAUGUUCCGCCGGCCGAAGAACGGUGCGUGUGGGGCAAUCUGUACGAAAUGCUGAACCAGCCGAAUCCACGGAAAGAUAAGUAUCCGAAGCAGGAGGAUGGCAAGCUGUACGAAACGGUCAGAAGAUCAAUGCAGCGGUACGGCAAGCUUAUCCGCAAUCCGGCGGCAAAGAGUGAAGAGAGCACGGACGAACCGACCAGCAAGAAACUCAGACCGGAUAACGUGUCCGCCAGCGAAGACCAUUCCGAUGGGUUCUCCAGAAUCGAGCAUUUCCGACGAAUGUUCGAUCGGUUCGAUGUUGUGCACAGUUUAAACGAGGAGGGCCGUUGGCUUGAGCGAACAGUUGACCCGCCAGAGGAGAACGAUUUACGGCCAGUGUUUGAUUUGUUUGCAACAGAAUCUCAAACAUUCAAGAAGUCAUUCCCUCCGUUACCAAUUGCCCGAAUCAUUGUACGAAGAUCCUCCCAAAGAAUGCUUCACUUUAGAGAGCUGCAUAGGAUGUACCAGCAACAGGAGCAAACACCAGUACCGCUGAUGCUGAUGCUCGUUUCGGAUAACUUGUCGGUACAUUGCUUCCUGUACGACAUGAAACGUGUUCAGCGUAAUGUAAUUGCGUUAACAGAUGAAAAUGCUACAAGAGCAGCUUCCUCUUCGUUUGCGCGAAUGAACCGGCCAAGCUGAGAUAGGGGGGGAUUAGGGAUCCUUUAGGGACCACCACUGCCAACGAAACGAAAGAAGUCACUGAACAAUAAAAACAAACGUAAGAAUUAUUUA